UAACGGUACUGGCGGACUUUCGGCAGUCGCCGCUUGGCAGUUGUGCCUCAGACGCCAACCAGGCUGCGUGCGCACACGGACGUCGACUCGACACCACCGACCGACCAACGUGCCGUAACUCUUCGCAACCGUUGUCCGACGUGUAGAGUCUUGCAUGCCGCUGCUAAAAAAAAAAAACAACAGUUGGUAGCAACUGAAUAACGGUACUAACGGGAAUAAGGCUGGCAAUGAAUGGGAGGAGCCGCUGUCCCGCAAGAUAAAAAAUACGGCGAUUAUAAUGUGAGAAGAUGGACUUCCAGAACCGCAACAACACGGCCAACAAGUUUGUCUGUCCCAGUGACAGACAGCUGGCCCUGCGUGCCAAAUUGAAAGCCGGAUGGAGCAGCUCCAAGAGCAGUGAACCCCUACGGCCCGAGGAGCAGGAGGCCAUCAUAUCGGUGAUCCGUCGGAAUGAGGAGAUCGAAGUGGCGGAACGUCUAAGAGUGGGUCGACUGGUGGAGCGAGUUGAGAAGAUUAAGCAACAUGCCGUGGAACGUGGCCCGAACUGUUGCCGUCUUUGUGGUGACACCUUCGGGCUACUACGUGGCCAUCGGAUCAUAUGCGAGGAUUGCCGCCAGGCGGUCUGCACCAAGUGCAGUCUGGACAUCAAUAUCCGUUACCAUACCAGCGAGAAAUCCCGUGAGAUCUGGCUAUGUCGCAUCUGUUCCGAGACACGGGAGAUGUGGAAGAAGUCCGGUGCUUGGUUCUUCAAGGGAUUACCCAAGUAUGAUAUUCCGCGAAGUGCCAGUGCCACGCCCACACCCACACCAUGCAUUGGAGGCACCAUGGCAGGAGACACGCGGGCCGUACAGAGCUGCCACGGCACACCGACGCGUCCGGCGCGGAUUAAGAAGCUAACGAUCCGGGUGAACGACAGCAGUUCCAGUUCCAGUCACUCCGAGCCGGAGGACGAGGUGGACGGUGGUCCUGCUGGUGCUUCAGCUAGUAAUGGUAGUGCCUCUGGAACUGGUGGCAUCUCGAAGAGCGGCUCCACCACCGGCGGACGGCUUCAGAGGGACGAUAGCUUUCGGUUGAGGGCUUAUGGUUCCAUACGGAGCUUCAUCGAUGGCGGCGAACGGAAGCUCUCCAACUCCUUCUUCUUUGGACGACAGCAGAGUCAUCGGCCGUCCGAGUGUCCGGAUUAUGACAGUGUCAGCAUGUCCUCCAAGUUGCGGCGGGAGAGCAGCUUCCUGCGUCGCGGUUCUGUGAGCUCUUCUUGGUCGAUCAGCGACAGCUCCGGAUCGGGUAAUUCCGGCAACUCCCACACCACCCAAUCUCAAUCCCAAUCCCAGGCACAGUCCACCACCCAAUCCCAAUCCCAAUCCCAGCCGUACCAUCAACAGCAGCAGCAACACUGCCGGGAUCCGCUACUCGGCUGGCUGGAGAUCGCCAUUAGCUAUCGGGAGGCCUUCCACAGUUUGGACUGUACGAUGGUGAGGGCCAGGGAUCUUCCGGCCAUGGAUGCCGCCGGUCUCACCGAUCCCUACUGCAAACUGAACAUCAUAACGCCCGAGGCCCACACCAAAUACACCCGAUGGCAGCGCACCAAGACGGUCCAUAAGACCCGGAAUCCGGAGUUCAAUGAGACGUUGCAGUUUGUCGGCGUGGAGCCGGAGGAGUUGGGCAAUUCCCUACUCUAUGUGGCACUAUUCGAUGAUGACAAGUACGGCCAUGACUUCCUGGGGGCGGCCAAGGUCUGCCUCUCAACGGUGCACAGCACAACCCAGUACCGGAUCUCAGUGCCCCUGGGGGCGGAGGACCAGUACAGCAAUGCGGCGGAGAUGUCCCAGAACUGGCCGAAUGGAAAGAUGCUGCUCUCGCUCUGCUACAACACGAAGCGCCGGGCUCUGGUGGUGAACGUGAAGCAGUGCAUCAAUCUGAUGCCAAUGGACAACAAUGGCAGCUCCGAUCCCUUUGUCAAAAUACAAUUGAAACCCGAUGCGCACAAGAACAAAAAGCACAAGACCAGCGUCAAGUGGCGCACUCUUAAUCCCAUUUAUAAUGAGGAGUUCUACUUCGAGGCCAGUCCCCAUGACCUCAACAAGGAGAUGCUCAUCCUGACCGUUUGGGAUAAGGAUCUGGGCAAGAGCAACGACUUCCUCGGCAGCCUCCAGUUGGGGGCUCAGAGCAAGGGAGAUCGCCUCCAGCAGUGGCUCGAUUGCAUCCGGCUGCCGGAUCAUUUCCAUGAGAAGUGGCACUGCCUCGCCCCCGACAAUCCCGCCCACUAAUCGAAAAUACAAUUUAUAAUCCCGCCCGCCGCCCAACCUGCCCCGCCCAGCUCUAUUCCAAAACUAAAAUCGAUUCAAUCUUAUCGAACUUAUCCUUGAAAGUCACUUAGAUGGUUUCUCAAUUUUUGGCAGGAUUUUUUUGUUCUUUGUUGUAAAAAAAAAUUUAAAAUUUAAUUUUUAUCAUAAAUAUUGUAAGACAGCUAAUAUUUCCAAAGUAUUAACCCUUCAAAGGCCCCCCUUCUCUGCUUUUCUUAUUUUAUUUUUUAUUUUUUAUUAAAAGAACUAGAAAAAUAGAAGGUUUCUACUCCACCUUCCUGCUCUUAUUUCCUCCUUUACUUUCCCAAGAUCUUUUUGUUUAAGUUUUAUUAUAAUUUUAAUAUUUAUUUAAUAUAUUAAAUAUUUAUUUUUAAUAUUUAAAUAGACAAGAAGUUGGUCUCUACUGGCUUCCAUCACAAAUUCCUUUCAACUUUUCUUUACUUUCGAGGUCGUUUGUGUUCUUCUAAAAAAAUUAUUUUAUUUAAUGGAAAAUUUGAAUAUUUAAUUUUGUAUUUUAAACAAAAAGAGGGACCCUUAAAACUCUCAUAUUUAUUCAAAAUAUCUUUUAUUAAAAUUUAAACAAUCAAAAAGAUAGUAUUUUCUUCUAAAAACUUAAAAACUAAAACAGAAAGUUCAAAAAUAAAUUCUUCCAAAAUAACUACCAAAUAUUGCUCAAAAUAAAUUUUAAAUAUGUAUUAAAAAAAAAAAUAAAUCAAAAACCUGCCAAAAAAUUAGAAGCCAGACCCCACUUGACUUUAGCUCCAAAUAUACACUAAUAUUUAAACUUAUACAAAUACAUAUAUAUAUAAAUAUAUAAAAUAUACAUAUAUUUUUGAUAUGCCUGCGUGUGAGUGAGAGAGAGAGAGAGUUGCUAGGGAAAGAGAUAGAAGGAUAAAGUAUGAAAGUGUGUGGGAGUGUAUGAUUAAGCUUUCCAAAAAAACAAAAUACACAAAAAAAAAAAAACAAA